AUGAAUAACUCAGUUUGUAGUGAUCCAGACUAUCUUACUGCCGAUAUCUUAACCGAAUUUUCAUCAAUCAUAGGUGAUAUGUGUGUACGUCCUAAAAUUAAUACGAAAGUUAUUUUGAAAUUAGUCAAUAAACACUUUCAUAACAAUUCGACAAUCGUUCCAUGUCUUAUUUAUAAAUGUUAUCUGGAUAACUUCAGACUAAUCCAUCAGUGA